AGAAAUUUCUUUUUCUAGUAUCUGAAAAAUAAAUUAGAUAACCAAGUCAGCAAUACUAAUUUGGAAAUUUAGUCUCGCUUAGAAAUGUCAAGACCUAGGGGAAGAAGGAAUGGAAAUAUCUCCUCUGAAAUGGUCAGCAAAACACCAUAUAAAUCUCAUCGAGGAGUACGUCUCAGAUGCAAGGCAAGAAAAGGCAGGAUUUAUAGGCUUUUCCUUUCCUCACAAUCAUACCCUCAAAACCUUCUUCCUACACAAAGAUUUCCAAAGAGCUAUACCUUUUUUUUUGUACUUAAAAUUGUCAGAAUCUGAACCCGUUUCAACCUAAUCACUGAUACUAAAAGUUUAGCAUUCUAGCACCAGUCGAGGCGACCGUUGGCAAGAGCUAUACAUUUUUCAACAAUAUCUACCACUUAUUUCAACUUCACAUUUCACAAAUAUGCUGUCCAAAGGGAAAGUGAUGAAAGCGAAGAGCCUUCUAUCCACAGCAGCAUCUAUAGCAGCAACGGCAAUGGUGAUUCGGACCAUCGCCAAUGAUUUUAUUCCAGCAGAAGUCCUAAACUACUUCUCCUUCAGCUUACAAAAUCUAUGUCACCAUUUCUCCUCUCAACUCACAAUCGUCAUAGAAGAAUUCAGAGGGCUAGCCGUAAACCAAGUGUUUGAAGCUGCUGAUAUAUACUUGGGCAGCAAAACAACCCCCUCCAUUCAGAGACUGAAGGUAGGCAAAAGUGAGAAGGAAGACAAAUUAGCUCUAUCCAUGGAUAGAAAUGGAAUACUGGUUGAUGUUUAUGAAAAUGUGGAGAUGAAGUGGAAAUUGGUUUGCACACAAGUUGAAUCUGUACCUUUUCGGAAACCAAACCAUGGUGAUCUUAAUGCAUCUAUACGGUCAGAAAUUAGACAAUAUGAGCUGAGUUUUCACAAGAAAAACAAAGAUAUAGUGCUGAAUUCAUACUUGCCAUACAUUUUGCAAAGAGCAAGUUUGAUCAGAGAAGAGAAUAAAACAAUAAAUCUCCACACAGCUAUGUAUGGAAGGUGGGAUGUGAAUGAUGUCAAACUUCAACACCCAAUGACAUUCAAGACACUGGCUAUGGAUUUGGAGCUGAAAAAGGCAGUGAUGGAGGACCUUGAAAACUUUACCAAUGGGGAAGAAUACUACAAAAGAGUUGGGAAAGCUUGGAAACGUGGAUAUUUGCUGUAUGGACCUCCAGGGACAGGCAAGUCAAGCUUGAUAACAGCAAUGGCUAAUCACCUAAAAUUUGACAUUUAUGACUUGGAUCUGACUCAAGUCCAAACCAACUCAGAUCUUCGAUUUUUGUUGCUUACCAUGCCUAGUCGAUCGAUACUAGUUGUUGAGGAUAUCGAUUGCUCUAUCAAGCUCGAAAAUCGAGAAUCGGAGAAUGGAUCUCGGAGAAAUCAAGGUGACAAUCAGGUGACACUGUCAGGACUUUUGAAUUUCAUUGACGGUCUUUGGUCAUGCUGUGGGGAAGAACGUAUCAUUAUUUUCACAACCAAUCAUAAAGAACGAUUAGACCCAGCUUUGCUGAGACCUGGUCGUAUGGACAUGCAUAUUCACAUGUCAUACUGCAAUGCAUCCGUAUUCAAGCAACUUGCGUUUAACUAUUUGGGGAUUAGCAAUCAUGGUGUUUUCCAACAGAUUGAAAGGCUAUUGGAGGAGGUGAAUGUCACUCCUGCAGAAGUUGCCGGGGAGUUGAUGAAGAACACCAAUGAAGAGGCUGCCUUUCAAGGCAUACUCAAAUUCCUACAUGAAAAGAUCAGUGAACCCGUUACGAGAUGACAUCUACCAAGUCAGUCGAAAGUUCAAAUCCCAGAAGCCGCAACUUCUUUCUUUAUCUUCAAGCUGCAGCCUACUUAAUACCCAUUUAACGGAGAGGGAAAUUUUGGAAAAGGAUGAAUUUGCUUAUUUCGAUUCUUUUAAAUACAUUUAUGAGAAUUAAUAAAAUUGUUAUCACAAUAAUUCAAAAUUAGGCACGGCAAGGAAUGCAUUCCCUUGUCCCUGUCUGUUGGAGAAAUUCAUUGCUCCUGUCCUAUGGAUAUGCAACAGGGAGUUGGCAUUGACAGCUCAGUAAAAG